UGGAAGACCAUUGCGAAGCUGAUCCUUAGCAAAGCAUCUUGUUCGUUGUACCCUUCGAGCAGGGUUUGCGGAGCGUUCAACCUUGCCAUAACGAGCUGGCCUGCUAGCUUGCGAGAGAAAGCUCGCGGGUUUCAGCCAGCCCGCCAAGAUGUGGGUGAGCUCCAAAAAUCUACUGGCGUUCGUGCUCUUGAUAGGUGUAUUCGUUUGCGUCACCUCAGCACAAAAUAUAGACCUGAACGUGGAAGAAAAGGUUGGCAAAUGUCCAGAUGUAGAUGAAGAAAGAGAAUGUCCACCAAGAGGAGAUGGUUCUCUUAGCGGAGAUUGCUUAUUCGACCGUGACUGUAAUGGAACAAGUAAAUGUUGCAGACUAGCCUGUGAAAGUAAGUGUGUUGAACCUAUUGCCGUCAAAACCGUAAAACCAGUGGUUGUUGUUGGUGACAAAGGAGAUCCUGGUGACAAAGGAGAUCCAGGCCCACCAGGUCCAAAAGGCCCAACUGGUGAUGCAGGAGAUGCAGGACCAAGGGGUAUCAAAGGUAGUGCUGGAAGAGAUGGCAGCCCAGGAAAAAAUGGCCGACCUGGUCCUCCUGGGCCACCAGGAGGGUUGGAAGGUGAUGAAGAGGAAGGGCUUGUCCCAGGGCCUUUAGGCUCUUUGACAAAUUCCAAAGGCCCUGGUCCUGGUGAUCUACCACUUGAGACAGGAAGUAUUGGAGAGGCAAAACAGCCAACUCUUGGCCCUGCUGGACCUACUGGAAAUGCUGGUGCCAAAGGACCAACUGGGCCCAGUGGUGAAGGUGGGGAACCAGGAAAACCUGGUCCUAUGGGAGAAGUUGGAGAUGUGGGACCACAAGGACCACAAGGACCACAAGGACCAUCUGGCAAAGAUGGUUCAGAUGGAGCCCAAGGAGAGCCAGGAGCAAGUGGCCCAAUGGGAGACAGGGGUGCAACUGGUCAAAGUGGUCAGCCAGGACGAAGAGGUGCCCCAGGUUACAAGGGGUUGAAGGGAGACAGAGGUGUGCAAGGAGCAAAAGGCAGUGCUGGAGAAGAUGGUGCCAAUGGUGAAACUGGAGACCCAGGUGCUGCUGGGGACAAAGGGCCAACAGGACCUACUGGACCAAGAGGACCAACUGGUGCAUCAGGACCCAAAGGACCUCUUGGAAGCCAAGGUCUGCCUGGACCAAGGGGAUCCCCUGGUGUAUCUGGACCACCUGGUUUGCAAGGUGUGACUGGAAGAACUGGUCCUUCGGGAGUCAAAGGAGCACGUGGAGAUGCAGGACCUCAGGGAGGAAGAGGAGAAGCUGGUGAGCGUGGAGAAACUGGAGAUAAAGGUAUAAAGGGUGUUCUUGGAGAGAGAGGUAUUUCUGGAGCACCAGGAAGACAAGGACCUAAAGGAGCUAUGGGAGAUCCAGGCCCAAGAGGACCCAAUGGACCUGUUGGAGACCCAGGAAAGCCGGGUGCACAAGGUGCAGCAGGAUCUCUUGGAAAUACAGGGCCCCAGGGUGAGGCUGGCCAAAAAGGAGCUGUUGGACCUAAGGGAAUCAAGGGAGCAUCAGGUGAUGCAGGUAUACCAGGAGUGCCAGGCACUGUAGGACCAGCUGGGAGAAGGGGAAAGUCCGGAAAGCAAGGACCUCAAGGAGCCCCUGGAGAAUCAGGAGAAAGGGGUCUACCAGGAUUAACAGGUCUUCCAGGAACACCAGGAACUCCAGGACCAAAGGGAGAGACUGGUGCAAGAGGAUUGAGAGGUUUGCAAGGUCGCAAGGGAUCAGGUGGUGCACCUGGUAUUCCAGGAGAAGCUGGUCCUCAGGGACAAGUGGGUCUGCCAGGAGAACCUGGACAGUCUGGAAGGGAUGGCAAGGACGGACCAGAGGGAAACCCAGGUUCUGAUGGAAAACCCGGUGGUCCAGGAAUGCCUGGAGUUCAAGGUAAGCGUGGACCCACUGGUCUUGCUGGAGUGAAAGGAAACAGAGGACCUGGUGGAGCUCCUGGGGAAACUGGCAAACCAGGUGCUAAGGGAGAUCAGGGAGACACUGGUUCAGUCGGCCCAGCAGGAAAUACCGGUGCUCCAGGUAUUGAUGGUGUAAAAGGACCUACAGGUGCUCUUGGGCAGCCUGGUGAACAAGGAUUAAGGGGACCCAAUGGCCCUAUUGGACCAUCAGGGCAGACUGGAAGAGAUGGAGAACCUGGAGCUAUGGGUGAUCCUGGAGAGGAUGGAAAAAUUGGUCCUUCUGGAGCUAGAGGUGCACAAGGAUUGUCUGGUCCAAGAGGAAUGCCAGGAGCACCUGGUCUGCCUGGAGAACGAGGAGAAGCUGGCAGUGAAGGUCUACCUGGUACCAGAGGUCCAAAUGGCCAACAGGGAACCGCUGGGGCCCCUGGACUUCCAGGACCUCAAGGCCCAACAGGUCAACCAGGCUUCAAUGGAGCCAAAGGAGACAAGGGAGAUGGUGGAGCCAAAGGAGAGAGAGGAUUAGAUGGUACUGAUGGCAAAAGGGGAGCUGAUGGUUUGCCAGGAGCUAGAGGGGCACCUGGAGAGCCAGGACCCAAAGGAGAUGUUGGAAGAGACGGCAGUGCUGGAUUACCAGGAAAACGUGGUCCAACAGGAUCCAAGGGAAGUAGAGGAACACGAGGACCAAGUGGACUCACUGGACCACCGGGACCUACAGGAUCCGCUGGAGCAAAAGGAGCCCCCGGAGACCGUGGUGAGAAGGGUGAAACUGGAGCUCCAGGAGAGCGUGGUCUUCCAGGCCCAGGUGGAAUAGUUGGCAGACUAGGUUCAGCUGGUGAAAAAGGAUCAUCUGGUUCUAGGGGAGCCCCUGGUGCUUCUGGUUCUCGUGGUGAUACAGGUGCAAGGGGAGCAAGAGGAGAAAUUGGUGCUGAUGGACCCCCAGGACCUCCUGGCCCUGCUGGAAAUGAUGGAGCUAAAGGGUACAAAGGCGAAUCAGGCAUGCCAGGAAAUGCUGGACUCCCAGGAGAACCCGGUAAGAAUGGCAGAGAUGGUCGCAAUGGACUCCCUGGUGAAGACGGUGCAGUUGGAGCAAUGGGCCCAACCGGAGAUCAAGGACCUGAUGGACUUGCAGGACCCAAUGGAAUGAUGGGAGCACCCGGCUACCCAGGCAGAUCCGGAGGACCAGGCGCUAAAGGAGACGCUGGUAGAAACGGAAUAAACGGUGACAAUGGCAAGAAAGGCCAACCUGGAGCAACCGGACCUGCUGGACCACCUGGCCCAAGUGGACCACCCGGAAAAGAGGGUUCACCUGGAUCUGAUGGCACCCCAGGUGCUGAUGGAAAACGUGGGGCAAAGGGCAGUGCAGGAGACCAAGGGUACCCAGGAAUAGUCGGACAGCAAGGAAGUCCAGGACAACCGGGAGCUACCGGUGCCCAGGGAGAUGAAGGUGCCCCAGGAAGAGCUGGUUCCCCUGGCAAAGCUGGAGAGACUGGUCCUGCUGGUGACCCAGGUUUCCCUGGAGCCAAUGGAGCCAAAGGAAGUAAGGGCCGUACAGGUCCUGGAGGCGCCAAAGGUGAUAAGGGAUGGCGUGGGUACAAGGGACAGAGAGGAGAACCAGGAGCACGCGGUAUGAUUGGAGACCAAGGAGAUGAUGGUCCACAGGGAAAAACAGGACUUGCAGGACCACCAGGCCCCCCAGGAAGAAUGGGUGCUGAUGGAGCAGUUGGAGAGGCAGGUAUAAUAGGAAAAUCAGGACAGCCUGGUGAUGGUGGACCACGCGGUCGCAGUGGACAAGAUGGAUACCCUGGACCACCAGGACCUCCUGGACCUCCUGGAUUCCCAGGACAGUCGGGCAUGACAGGUGCCGGUGGGCUCAGCUAUUUUGGUGUUCCUCAAAUUGGUGCCCUUAAUAAAGGACCUGGUUACGGAUAUGGGUAUUACCAGAAUAUGUACUACAAAGGUGAUUUUGCUGAGCAAGGAACCAAGACUCAAAGCAAGGAUGAGACUGGUGGAAUGUUCAAGUUCCUCAGCCUGUUUGAACUUCAGCUACAAGCUUUGAGAAGCCCAGAUGGUAGCCAAGCAUUCCCAGGAAAAACAUGCAAGGACUUGAAGUCGUGCUUCGAUGACUUGAGAAGCGGCGAAUUCUGGGUCGAUCCAAAUCUCGGCUGUGUAAAGGAUGCUUUUAAAGUUUCAUGUGACUUCAAAACUGGAGAGACCUGCAUAUACCCAACAAAGACCAUGUUCGAUAAGAAGAAAUGGGUGCAAUCCGGUGGCGAUGGCUUCAGAUGGUUGAUGCAAGAACUAGCCCAAGAGACGGUUGAUUAUGUUGCUGACGAAGUUCAAUUCAGACACUUGAGGAUGAACAGCAUGAAAGUGCGACAAAACGUAACUUACCACUGCCGAAACUCGAAUGCCUUCAAGACCUCAAGCGGCAAGGCAAAGACCUUCGUCAAGAUCAUGAGCUCUGAUGCUGUUGAAAUGCACAUUGGUGCACAAAAGAAGAACCAGCCUAAGAUCCUUUUUGAUGGCUGCAACGUUAAGGAUGGCAAAUGGCACAAGACUGUUUUCGAGGUUGAGUCAACUGCAACCUCAAGACUGCCAAUCACAGAUAUUGCUGUCUUCGACGUGGCUGAUGCUGAUGAAGAGUUCGGGGUCGAGCUUGGCCCAGUUUGUUUCUCUUAAGAAAUUCAAACAAGAGGAUAAAUAAGACUAUGCUCACCAGACAUUUUCAUUUCUAAUAGUUUUUCGUGGUAUUUUCAUAACUGUUACUAUGUAUAAAUUCUUCGUAAGUUCCAGAUAA